AUGACAGCCGCCGGCGCCGAUACGGAAUCACAGGACGAUGUCCCGUCAAGAUCAUCCUCGCUGUCCCGGCCGCCAAGCCGGACAGGCAAGGACCUGCCUUCUUGGCGCAAAUACUUGAUUCUCUUUGUCGUGAGCUGGAUGACGCUGUGCGUCACGUUCUCGAGUACUUCCUUGCUCGUUGCCACGCCCGAGAUCGCGGCUGAUCUAUAUACGACCUCGGAAAUCUUAAACGUUACCAACUCUGGUGUCCUCAUUGCCAUGGGUCUGUCGUCGCUGAUAUGGUCCCCGCUGAGUGACAUAAUCGGCCGGAGGUUGGCGUACAAUAUCGCCAUCUUCUUCCUCUUUGUGCCAUCCAUCGGUACCGCCGUUGCCCCCAACAUGGCUGUUUUCACAGCGAUGAGGAUGGUGAGCGGGUUCACGGGCACAUACUUUAUGGUCGCUGGCCAAACGGUUAUUGCGGAUAUUUUCGAGCCAAUCGUUCGAGGCAGAGCCACUGGAUUUUUCAUGGUUGGUAGUGUCGCAGGUCCCGCGAUAGGACCAUGCAUCGGCGGCAUCAUUGUGACCUUUAGUAAUUGGAGAGCAAUCUACUGGUUGCAGACUGCCAUGAGCGGUCUCGGAUUCGUACUCUCUGUGCUCGUGAUCCCGACAAUUAGAAAGGAAACCGAUGCGAUCGAGGACGAGAAAAAGGAACCAUGGAAUGCGUGUAGGGUGUUGGAAAGAUUCAACCCCUGGAGGGUGUUCAAGCUUUUGCUUCGACCCAACAUCCUACUAGCUGAUCUUACCUGCGGACUGCUUGCCGUCACCCAAUAUGGUAUCCUCACCUCUGUACGACACGUCAUCAACCCGCGCUUCAACCUCAGCACACCUCUGGUUAGCGGCCUGGUCUACAUUGCUCCGGGCGUGGGCUUCUUUGUCGGCAGCGUGGUGGGCGGGCGCUUCUCGGACCGUACGGUCAAGCGCUACAUUGCCAAGCGCGAGGGCGUGCGCCUGCCCAAGGACCGCCUCAACAGCGGGCUGAGCGGCCUGUUCAUCGUGCUCCCCAUUUCCAUGCUGCUGUACGGCUGGAGCCUGCAAAAGGAGUUUGGCGGCCUCGCGCUGCCCAUUGUCGCGGGCUUUUGGGUCGGCGUCGGGCUCAUGGGCACCUUCAACGCCCUCAACACGUACACGGCCGAGGUGUCACCCGCCGAAAAGGCCGAGGUCAUCUGCACAAAGUACAUUGUUCAGUACAUUUUCGGUGCGGCGUGUACGGCCGCUGUCGUGCCGCUCAUUGAUGCCAUUGGUGUCGGGUGGGCGUUUACUUUAUUCGUUGCAUUAGACAUUCUGGGCGGCGUACUGGUGCUGUUUGUUGCCAGGCUUGGCCCAAAGACGUGGGUUUAG